AUGGGGGACAACGUAAGACGGCUAACAUUAAUCGAUGCCGAAAAGCACAACAAUCUAAUGUUGCUGCUACAAGACCUAACAAACCGGCAAAAAAUACUCGAUGAUUCGAAACGAACACCUGCAGAAGCUGAACUUGUUGAUAGUCAUGGGGAAAUGGUAACAAGUGUGAAAAAUAAAUCAUCUUUGGGACCCGCAAACAUUGUCAAUUAUAUGCGUAAAAAAGAUAAAUAUCUUGGAGAACUUGCUAAAAACGCGGAACGUCAACUACCGCCACCACCACCACCUCCACCUGCAUCUACAUCUACAUACGGUUCAAUUGCAUACCAUGAGGAAAAACUUAAAGAACACUUUGGGUAUAGUAGCUGUGCCGAAAGGUAUAAAACACGCUGGCAAAACUCUGAAUAUUUCAUACAAGGAUAUGAUCAAUGAUUUAACACAUAAUUUUGCAAAAACAAAGACAAAUUUAUCUAAUGCUCAAACCGACAAAGUUCUUCUCAUGUUAAAGAAAUCGCAUAUGCCUGUAAGGUAUAUACACAACAGGGAAUUACAUAAAAAAUACAGAGAUCUUGAAGUAGCAGAAACGCCGGAACCCAUACUACAAACCCCACCACCAGCUUACCGGACAGACGAAAGUCCACGCGGUCGACCUACGAAAGCGGUGCAGUUGCGCAAAAGAAAAUUUGGAGAACCACAUGAUUAUAUGGUGGACGGAUAUCUUCAAUCAUUUUCAUAG